CACUGUGCAUUGGCUCUUCUUGUGCUUUGGAUCGCCAUGGAAGAUAAACUAGCAACAAAAAGUGAAGGGCAGCCCAUAAGAUGUAAAGCUGCGGUUUGUCGCAAACCAGGUGAGCCACUUGUUAUUGAGGAGAUUAUUGUGGCGCCACCAAUGCCUCGUGAAGUUCGGAUUCGGAUUAUAUGCACAUCUCUUUGUCAGAGUGAUGUUACUUUUUGGAAAAUGAAGGUACCUCCUGCCAUUUGUCCCAGAAUUCUGGGUCACGAGGCUAUUGGGGUUGUGGAAAGUGUAGGAGAGGAUGUAACUGAAGUUACAAAAGGAGAUGUGGUUGUUCCAACUUUCUUAGCUGAUUGUGGGGAGUGUAUAGAUUGCAAAUCAAGCAAGAGCAACCUCUGUUCAAAGUUUCCUUUUGAGGUGUCUCCAUGGAUGCCCAGAUAUGGCACCUCUAGAUUCACUGAUUCAAAAGGAGACAUCAUAUAUCAUUUCCUAUGUGUUUCUAGUUUUAGCGAGUACACUGUGGUUGACAUUGUCAAUCUAACAAAGAUUGAUCCGGCAACACCACCCAACAGGGCAUGCCUCCUCAGCUGUGGUGUAUCAACUGGGGUAGGUGCUGCUUGGAGAACAGCUGGCGUGGAGCCAGGGUCUACAGUUGCUAUUUUUGGGCUGGGAAGUAUUGGAUUAGCAGUUGCUGAGGGAGCUAGACUUUGUGGAGCAACCAGGAUUAUAGGUGUGGAUGUCAACACAGAAAAAUAUGAAAUUGGAAAGAAGUUUGGAGUGACAGACUUUGUUCAUGCUGUCCAAUCUGAAAACAAAUCUGUGAGCCAGGUCAUCAUAGAGAUGACUGGUGGGGGAGCAGAUUAUUGCUUUGAAUGUGUUGGUAUGGCAUCAUUGGUGCAUGAAGCAUAUGCUUCUUGUAGAAAGGGUUGGGGGAAAACAAUAGUUUUAGGGGUGGACAAGCCAGGAUCCAAGAUGAGCUUUAGCUCUAGUGAGGUCCUUUGUGAUGGGAAGAGCCUCAUGGGAGCUUUAUUUGGAGGACUCAAACCAAAGUCUCAUGUACCCAUUCUCCUUAAACGCUACAUGGACAAGGAACUGAAUUUGGAUGAGUUUGUCACACACGAGGUGGAGUUCAAGGAUAUUAAUAAAGCUUUUGAUUUAUUAAUUGAAGGACAAUGUCUCCGAUGUGUGAUUUGGAUGGACCAAUGAGUCCAUUCUGUAUAAGUAAUUGAUGAUUUGAGCCCUUGAAAUAUGACAUCAAUAUGUAAGAUAUUGGAUACUCUUGUUAUUUUAUAUUUGAUGAAACAUAUUCGAUGUAUUAA